AUGGGAUGUGCUGAAGAGAUUCAAGUUACCGGACAUUACUAUCCACCUUGCCCACAACCUGAGUUAGCAAUCGGUACCACUGAACAUAGUGAUGCUGGAUUCAUUACCAUUCUUCAACAAGAUCUUGUUGGUGGGCUCAAGAUCUUUUAUCAAAACAAAUGGGCAGAUGUUCGCCCUACACCAGGAGCUCUUGUAGUGAACGGCGGUGAUCUUUUACAGCUUGUUACAAACGACAAGUUUGUGAGUGCACGACACAAAGUGAUGGCAAACAAGGUUGGUCCGCGAAUAUCGGUUGCAUCGUUUUUUUUAGCUAACUUAAAGCUUGAGGCAUUGAAGGUGUUGGAACCAAUCAAGGAGUUGCUUUCGGAAGAUGAGCCAGCCAAGUAUAAAAGUGCAACAGCAAAAGAAUUUUUGGAUUACUUUUAUUCAAAAGGACUUGAUAAAACUCCAGCUCUUUUGCAUUUCAAGAAAUAG